UUUCAAAUAAUCCGGAAGGUCUCUCCUUGGCCUCUAGGUAUAACCUGGUUCCCGCGUGACAGAAUAUUACCGUCACAUCUUUUCAACUCCGGAUGAAAAAGACCAGAUCAACGAUUACAGGCUGGUCACUAUUUAACUCUGUGGAAGACUAUGUUUUGAAGACUCUAGAAUAUCAUCCGGGUGCAUAAAGUUAACCAUAUUUUUUUCUGUUUUUCUCUCCGAAUACGGAUAACAAAGAAGACACCAUUAGACCAUGGGCUGUGUUUACGACGAAUGAUUGAAACUCAUCUUUUCGAACUGCAACCGAAGCGAGAGGGGAGUUGCCUACAUUUAUGGAUGGUCUUGACAGCGCAGAUUGGAACUCUACGACUGAUUGAAUAACAACUGACUUUUUAUUUCAGGAUUCUAACUUCCGUUCUCUCUGAGAUUGUAGUUUCUUGUGAGAGUGUAGCGUCAUGUCUUUGAGAUAGACAUUGCUAUGUAUCUGGAGUGGAAAAUACCUCGUGGAAGGUGUACAGCGGGCUACAGACUGGGAGGACUCGACAUCGGCAACUGAUAGGCUACUUGAGUUUCUAACAAAAACUACACACGAACUACAGAAAAUCCCAGAGCGUAAUGCACUUGGCAUGAAGACAGAGAAUGGAUAUUAUUUGGGAACUAUUUAUUAUUCUUCACGCCAAUUUCAUCAUUUGCAUAUCAGCUCAGCCAAAUGCACCUAAAAUACAUGAGGGAUGGUGGGCGUACAAAGAGGUUGUUCAGGGGAGCUUUGUACCAGUGCCGUCUUUCUGGGGGCUAGUGAACUCAGCGUGGAACCUGUGCUCCGUGGGGAAGAGGCAGUCUCCUAUCAACAUCGAGACCAGCCACAUGAUCUUUGACCCCUUCCUCACGCCCAUCCGGCUCAACACAGGAGGACGCAAGAAUAUCUGCCACAGAGAAGAAGGAAACGCUGAUGGACCAUGUCAGGUAGGUGGGACUAUGUACAACACAGGUCGCCAUGUCUCUCUGCGAAUGGACAAGGAGCACCUGGUGAAUAUUUCUGGUGGACCAAUGACGUAUAGCCAUCGCCUGGAGGAGAUCCGGCUGCACUUUGGCAGCGAGGAUGGUCAGGGCUCUGAACACCUGCUCAACGGACAGGCCUUCUCGGGAGAGGUUCAACUUAUACACUACAACCAUGAGCUGUAUACAAACUACACAGAGGCAGCCAAGAGCCCUAACGGACUGGUCAUAGUGUCUAUAUUUAUGAAGAUUGCAGAGACUUCAAAUGCAUUCCUCAAUCGAAUGUUGAACAGAGACACCAUCACAAGAAUAACAUAUAAAAAUGAUGCUUAUCUGCUGACAGGCCUGAACAUCGAGGAGAUUUACCCAGAAACCUCUAGUUUUAUCACGUACGAUGGAUCCAUGACCAUCCCACCGUGCUUUGAGACAGCCACCUGGAUCCUCAUGAACAAGCCGGUGUACAUCACAAGGAUGCAGAUGCACUCUUUGCGGCUGCUGAGUCAGAACCAGCCAUCUCAGAUCUUCCUUAGUAUGAGUGACAACAUUCGCCCUGUUCAACCACUGAACAAUCGCUGCCUCCGGACCAACAUCAACUUCAGCAUGCAAGGCAGAGACUGUCCCAACAACAGGGCCCAGAAGCUCCAGUACCGAGCCAAUUUAUCUGGGCAACUGCUGCACAAAAUGAAUUUUACCCCUGAAGCAUAAAUACAGUGAGGGCAAGAGUGAAUGAGUGGCUGCUAAAGUAGUUUCCCUUGGACAAGUACAGAAAUAAGUCAGAGACAGACAACAAGCAAGAGAGGGGUGGAGGGAAAGAGGAACAAGCAAAAGAAGAAAACAACAUGGAACAUGGACCAAGGCUGUAUUUCAUCUAAGAUUAUUUCAUGGCAUUGUAAAAAGAGAAAAAAGAAACAGAAUAUUCCUAAGUAAAAGACUGCGUUGCUUUGCAAAAAGACUACUACUUUUCAUAUGUACAUUGAGAACUACUGGAUUUCUAACAUGCUAAUAAGUCCAAUACAAAUAUAUCUAUUAUGAAAUUCUUUUUUUUUUAUACUGAUUACUUUUUGGGACAUAAAAAAGGUUAAAAAAAAUGUACAAAACACGGAAGCAUUUAUUUCGUAAAGCCUCUUCUCCACACAGACUUCACACAAAGGGGCUGAUGGGACUUUUUAGCCUUUGUAUAUAGAGACAACUUUGCUGCCAAUGGGAUCUUAAGGACUUAUAAGACAUUUUCCCUUAGUGGUGCAGGCAGAAUUGGUCUGCAAGGCUCAUAGCUGCAUUCUGUCACCACUGUCACCUACAAGGCAUGCCAACUGCAAAAACCCAAGAGAGCAAGACCUUACAGCCUUGCCUGGUAACAGUAGGUCACUGGACAAAGGAAAAUUGGGAAAGGAGCUUCUGUCUUUAUGAUGAACCGAUAAGUGUCUUGGGCUUUGGUGUACAUAGUAUAAUUAUCAGUACUGCUGAAAAACUGAAUAUGUAAAGAAAAAUACAAAUAAACAUUUAAAAAGAUAUAGUAACUGGAUAAAAGAAUAUGACAAAAAUAUGAGUAUUUUAAACGCUUGGCACAUUGAAUUCUGGAAGAACAUCUGAGUUGAAGCCUUUUCUUUCUAUGUUAUUGUUUACAAUGGUAAUACACUGUGUUUGAGUAACGUUAUCAGCCCAAUAAAUGUGUCUGGAAAGUUCAUUUUGGAAAA